GCCGCCCCGCAGCCCAGCGCCGAGGCCGGGCCGAGCCGAGCUGGGUCGGGCCCGGGCCAUGCUGCUCACCGUGUACUGUGUGCGGAGGGACCUCUCCGAGGUGACCUUUUCCCUCCAGGUCGACGCAGACUUCGAGCUGCACAACUUCCGCGCGCUGUGCGAGCUCGAGUCCGGCAUCCCCGCAGCGGAGAGCCAGAUUGUCUAUGCUGAAAGACCUCUCACGGACAACCACAGAUCGCUGGCUUCCUACGGCUUGAAAGAUGGGGACGUUGUGAUUUUACGACAGAAGGAGAACGCCGACCCUCGACCUCCAGUGCAGUUCCCAAACUUACCCCGCAUAGACUUCCGUAGUAUAGCCGUGCCCGGCACGUCAGGCUCCCGGCAGCGCCAGCCACCAGCACAGCAUUCCCACUCAUCUCCUGGAGACAUAGCUUCAUCUCCUCAGGGCUUGGACAAUCCGGCCUUGCUCCGAGACAUGUUGCUGGCCAACCCCCAUGAGCUGUCCUUGCUGAAGGAACGCAACCCGCCCUUGGCAGAUGCUCUGCUCAGUGGAGACCUUGAGAAAUUUUCUAGGGUCCUGGUGGAGCAGCAGCAGGACCGAGCCCGGAGAGAGCAAGAAAGGAUUCGUCUCUUUUCUGCUGACCCUUUUGAUCUUGAAGCUCAGGCAAAAAUAGAAGAAGAUAUAAGGCAACAGAACAUUGAGGAAAACAUGACGAUAGCUAUGGAAGAGGCUCCUGAAAGUUUUGGCCAAGUAGUGAUGCUUUAUAUUAACUGCAAAGUCAACGGACACCCUGUGAAAGCCUUCGUUGACUCAGGUGCCCAGAUGACUAUUAUGAGCCAAGCUUGUGCAGAAAGGUGUAACAUAAUGAGGCUGGUGGACCGUCGGUGGGCAGGGAUCGCCAAAGGAGUGGGCACCCAGAAGAUUAUUGGAAGGGUACAUCUAGCUCAGGUUCAGAUUGAAGGUGAUUUCCUGGCGUGUUCGUUCUCUAUACUUGAGGAGCAGCCCAUGGACAUGCUUCUGGGUCUGGACAUGCUAAAGCGGCAUCAGUGUUCCAUUGACCUCAAGAAAAAUGUGCUCGUGAUCGGCACCACCGGCUCUCAGACCACCUUCCUCCCCGAGGGAGAGUUACCGGAGUGUGCCCGGUUGGCAUACGGGGCAGGGCGAGAGGACGUGCGGCCAGAGGAGAUUGCAGACCAGGAACUAGCAGAAGCUCUUCAAAAGUCCGUAGAGGACGCAGAGAAAAGCGGUAAAGAAACUACCUCACUGGGAAUGUCAUCAUUACCAACUUCAGAUGGAUGCAACCAUCCAGCCCAUCCUUUAGGACAGAGUCCUGAGAUUGGUAAUCCUAUGAGUCUUGCUCACUCUGUCUCUGCUUCAGUCUGCCCUAUCAAGCCCAGUGACCCCGACAGCAUCGAACCUAAAGCUGUGAAGGCUUUGAAGGCUUCAGCUGAAUUCCAGAUAACCUCUGAAAAGAAAGAACAACUUCCUCUCCAGGAUCUUCCUGAUAGUGCUUCUUCAGCAGACCACAGUCCAGCCCUGCCUUUGCAGAAUUCCUCCGAAGAAGCCAUCGUUGCUGAUAACACAGAGAAAUCUGCUGAAAGAAGCACCCAGGGCCCGAGAUCUCAUCUCCACACAAGACAGCAAGGUAGUGUACCUGUCACAACCACUAGGGUGCAAGAACCACGGGGGCUUCUAGGUGGGAAGGGUCGGCAUCCAGAAAAUCAGAACCUGCCUCAGGUGAGUGGCCUUCGGCGGCACAAGGAACCAGGGAAUGAACAGCAUGGGGCUGGACAACAGAAUGUUCUAAAUGACCAAGAACAUCUCUGUAACACAGAGGACUCUGAGCUUGUUGGAGAAAGGCAACAGAAUCAGCAAAGAAGUGUUGAUUUGGAAACAGCAGUGGAAGGAGACGGGCUACAACAGAAUGUGGACCUUCCGGGUACAGAAGAAAAUACUCUACCUUCAGGGUGCUUUGGUUGCUCGAAUUCGGAAACACUUAUGGAAGUAGAUACGGUUGAUGAAUCCCUCGUCGCUCUGUGUAAUUCCGCACACGGUCAGCAGGCUGGUGUCAGGGACAUUGGGGCAUCUGCUCUCAGCUUAGAUAAUCCCUUGAUGGAAGUGGAACCAUCAAAAUGUAACCCUUCGUCUGAAAUUUUGAGUAAUUCCAUUUGCACUCAGGAUUUACAGCUCCCAGACAGUAACACUGAAAUGUCUGGAACAGGUAAAGAAGAUGGGGAUUGCUCCCCCUCUUUAAGUCUCUGUGGCAGUUGUCAGCCCUCUGUGGAGUCUGCGGAGGGAUCCUGCUCAUCUCUAACAGUAGCCUUGAAGGAACUCCAUGAACUUCUGGUCAUUAGUAAUAAACCAGCUUCAGAAAAUACAUCUGGGGAAGUUAUCUGUCAGUCUGAAAUGGUAACCGAGGGCCAAACAGUUAUUAAGGACCUUUCUGAAAGAUGGACCCAAAGUGAGCAUCUUACAGUUACCCAGAAUGAAGAGAGUUCACAAGUCACCUUUCAUCAGACCAUAUCUGUAUCGGUGAGGGCAGAGAAGUUACCAGAUGCUUCAGCUGUUGCUGGAGUAGAUGCAGUCGAAAGUAUUACCGUUGGGGAUCCGGGCGAUGGCCUAGUAACGGGUAAGGAAAGUGACCCCGAGUCCAGGGAAUCCAGAAGAGGGAGCAGCUCUGCCACUCUGGCCUCCACUAAAACGUCUGAUCAGUCACGCUGCACCUUAGGUGUGGACAUUCCCCCCAAACUCGUAGCAGGCGAGGAGGAUGCAGUCAGUCUCACUUGCGAGCAAACGAAGUAUGAAACCAGUUUCAUACUGGUUGAAGAUUUGGGUCAGGGCACACAGAAGCCAGUGCCAGACAGGCCAGAGACCAGAGAAGACGUCAGUCCCGAAGCUGCAGAGCCACGUCUUGAAUUGGAACCACCUCCCGGCCAGCCGUCAGCAAGUCCCUCCAUUCUUUCACCAUUAAUUUUUCCCGCCGCAGACAUUGACCGCAUUCUCCGUGCCGGCUUCACUUUGCAGGAAGCUCUUGGGGCUUUGCAUCGAGUUGGUGGAAAUGCAGACCUUGCACUUCUUGUUUUGCUAGCAAAGAACAUUGUAGUUCCUACAUAACCAUGGAGCAGGAGGCUAGACCGUACUCCAUUCCCUUCAAAAAAGCUAUACACACACGUACACACUCGCCACAUAUACAGUAUAUGUAGAAACCUGCAAGCAGAAUGUUGAGCCAGAUUUUUUUUAAAGAUUUUUUUCGGCCAAAGUAACUUAUCUCUUGUCUGAUGAAUUUGUCUAUUCUCUUUGUUAAAAUUUGGGCCUUUUUAAAUGUAUUGGCAGUAUGUGCAUACAAAAGCUUUUUAUUAUCAUUAAGAUGAUGUAUUCUGGAAUAAAAUUGAUGGUUUUGUGUAUAGCAUACCAUUUUAGAAUGAGAGUGAAUGCUUUAAAAAGCAGAAGCCAUGAAAAAUCCCACCACCCGUGCAGCUAAAAGCAGAUCAACUUCCCGUUUUGGCUGUGUCUGUGCUGUAGGCAAGGUAUGGCUUGUCUCAGUUGUCCAUUUGCAAACUGGAUCACACGGUUUGGUGUUUGGAAUUACACUUAGUGCUCUGUGUAUUGAUGAUUCAUCAGUUACGACAGGAAAUUGAAGGAUAAUGGAAUGAUAUUUCCUAGAGUGGUAUGUUUUUAUUCGUGUGAUUAGGAUUUGACCUUUUUAUGGAAUGACAUGGGAGGGUUUGGAGCUUGGGCUGCUUUGUGCAUCAUAGGCUGCUGCAUGGAUUGCCAAGUGUUUGGGGUGGGGCUCUGUGAGGGGUGGGGAAGUCCGCAUCGGAGUGAAACAUGGUGCUACCCAGACAGGAAAGGGAAGAGUCUGUAAUUCCAUUUGCAAAUGUCUUGGUUAGGCUUCAAGAAUCACGAGUGCAAAAUGGCCGAGAAACACUGGAAUUGACUAGAGGGAGGGUUUGUUAGCAUGUUACUGAUCACCCCUCAACCCUUAGUGAUGGUGAUGAACUUAAAGAUCACUAGUGGGUUGAUCGCCAGCAGUUGAUUUCCUUUCGAAGCUCAUCUACUAGGAACUUCUUCUAAAGCUCAGGUUGAGCUGUGAUCUGAAUGGACUAUUGCAAAGCGGGAUAACCUUGUCACUGGUUCACCUUGGUGCUUGGAAUGGUCAGUCUCUGUGUUAAUGUCCUUCAUGGCACCGGAAAUAGCAACUGCAGUUUCUGACUGAAGUGGCCUUGGUAGAGAUUUCCAUCCCUUUCUUUCCUCAGGAGUUUCUUUUUUAAAGCAAGAUGUGUCAUAUUUGUGUUUACCAUGUCAAGGUAGAGUGGGGCAUAGUAUAUAGAUGUAUUUAUUGUGGCCUUUUUUUAUAUGAGGACUAGCCCUCGGAAACCAUUGUCCUGUGGGCCCCACUGUGCAAUAAUCCUACUGGAUAGAUUUUAGGUAGUUUUUCCUGGAAAAUAAACUCUCUUAUGUACCUAGCAGGAAUCUGAAAUCUUGGUUUUACUGAAAAGAAUUUUGAGAACGACUCCCGAUUCCAAGUUGUAGUUCGUAACGUGUUCAAAACAGAUGUUUUGAAAGGGUGAUUCGUGAUUUUGUCUGAAGUCUUACUCUCUCUGGAAGUUUAUUCUUUCCCUCAAAAUUCGAGUCAUUGAGCACAAUCAGAGUGGAGGCUCUUAUCUCAGGAGUUUUUGAAAUUUUAAUUUGGGGGGGGCGCUUAGAGACGUUUCUCUUCUACCCUAUUCCGUCUUCUUUACCUUUGCUGCGAUGUGUGUGUGUGUGUGUGUGUGUGUGAUGAGACUUAGUGAUGUGUUGGAAAGUCACGCAGAUUCAUCAUGACCCUCUGAGUUGAGAUGGUUGACAGAAGGAGUUGUGGUUUUACUGUUUUCCAGAGGGCGCUUAGAACAGGGGGUCAGCCAGGUGGUCUUGACAUGUUCUUUUAGACAAUUACAUGUUGCAGACCCUUUUUUGCCUGCCCCACACCAAAGACAUAAGAUGCACUAGGAAACUGCAUGUAGGAUUUCUGUCAACCGACUCUUAGAGCUGUGAUUGUAAUUAAGUAGUUGGUGCUAUGAUUGAAGCAAAAUCCAGUAGCAAUGCAGCAGCCCCUGUAUUUGCUUUAUGGGUGGAAAUUGGGAAUUUACUCUAAGCUUAUAAAUCUUUAAGUGGGAUUGGUGAGAGGUCGGGGAAGUUCUCGGUGACAACAGACUCCUAAAAGGCCUCUGCGUGAAGCUGGGCCUCCUAGUCUUCUGUCUGGGCAGUGGCGCGCUGCUCAGAGGUAAGGCCACUCCGUUUUUACAGUGCAGAGAUUUGGGUGGGAUAUAGAAUAUCAGCCCAGAAAAGGUUUUAUUAUAAUAGCUUUUUACAUAUGUAUAUUUAUUUUUAGGAGAAAAUUGAAUAGGCCUAUAGUUGUACACAUAUUCUUGUUAGGAGUCCUUUGAAUGAAUGAGCUGAACCCACUUGCCAAAUAUCCUUGUCCUUUGUCAUCAUUUAUUUUUCAACGUAUAAUUGCUUUCGAUUUUUCAAAACCGUAUUUCCUGCUCCAUCAUUUGUAUGAAAGUGAAGUCGUCGACAUUGUUAGGAUUUUGAAUCAUUCUUAAAUUUUGCAGUUCUUAAAACACAAAGGGAAUUAAGGAACAUGACACUAGUGAACCUUCAUGGUCAGAUUUACUGAAAGUGCAGAAAUUCAGGGUGCCCGGCUGGCUCAGUCGGAAGAACGUGCGACUCUCGAUCUCACGGUCGUGAGUUAGAGCCUCACGCUGGGUGUAGGGAUGACUUUAAAAAAAAAAAAAGACUUAUUUUAAUAAGUGAAUAAAUUCAAGAUUAACUUCUCUUAAAAUAAGAUAAAAUCAUCGUGAGCUCCUCUGGUUGCCAACAAAACUGAUACUGGUCAGUCCUAGACAGUAAUGGGCCACUUUACUGGACAGCUGCUUUGCCACGACCAGUCAUGGACGCGUCUGUGGUCAGCGCUCCCCUUCAACGGUGGUCUCUGUUCAUUCACCAAAGAGAGAAGAAGAUUGUCCUGUAUGACUUUCUGUGGUUGACCCUCAGUCGAUUGGGGCGUGUAGCAGUGUGCUUGGUAACCAGACAGCUAAUGGCUAGCCUGUAGGUUUUGCCCACUGGAGCUGAUAAAAAUGAUUUCCAAACUUGUACCUGUGUAGGCCUCCUGACAUCAGCCGUUGCCUUCAUCCUACAUGUAGGGCCUUAGCCAUUAACAUAAAAAGAUAACCAGUUGCUUGGCAAAGAGAACUGGAUAGAUGGUAGAUGGGGGGGUGUUAAAAUUGUUCUGCCUCGGAGCCUCUGAAACCUCCCAGAGCUCCUUGUCUCCAUAUGUACUAAAGGAAGACACAACCCGUGUGUUUUUUCCCCCAAAGCAUGUCUCCAGCAAGAGAAGGUUGCGUAAAAAUGGAAAGGUACAUGAGACUCUGUGUCACCGAUUUUAUGAUAACUAGUUAAAAUGGAACCUGCCUGUUCCUCCUUAGCACAGCUUUCUAUCUCUAGUAAAAGCCAUAAAAACUUGGUUGGUUUAACCAGCAGCUCAUGUGUAUAUAGACAUGUGUGACUGACAAAUAUUCUACAGUUAAUUUUACAUAGACUGAAAAGCAAACAAUUUUUGUAUCUGCAGCUCUGUUCUCCACUUAUGGUGGCUUUUAUCCCACCAUGUAUAUAAAAACAGCCUUGCAAAUAACUGGCCAGGAAAGUUACAGUGCAUUCGGACUUCCUUUUCCUACCUGUUUGCCACUUCUAAUGAGCGCAAGCAGGAGAAUUGAACUGCAGUGUCUUUCAAACCUGUUACCACUGGUGACUUACCCUAAGAAAAGCUGAUUAGAUUAUGCAUUCUUCCAUUCUCUAGCACAAAUACCAAAAAGCCAAAUUUCUCCUUCGAAUUUGGUGACUUAGUAUAGUCUGCGGCUGAACUAGAAAGAAACAAGUUAUUAGGAGUUUCCCUUCCCAGAAGAUGGAAUGUUAACCUUUUGUGUUAGGUGUUCCGUAAAAUAAAAAUAGCUUUUUUUCCUGAAAGAAUUUAAAAACUCCAGUUCCUCUUAACAACAAAGUAAAUUCGAAGUGUGUCCUUGAGAACUAGAAAUGUAAAAUCAUGGCUUCAGUUCUAUGCAUUAGAGGCCUCUCAGUGUUUGGUGUUCCUAGGAGUUCAGUGAAUAAAUAAUUUAGGGGUAAGCCUUUGAUGUACUUGAUUUUCUCUUGUGCCUUAGUUUCUCCAAAUAGCAGAAGCAUCACAUUUUGGUGGGAAGUAAAAGUGAAAGUAUUGGGGGGAACGUUUGCAAAUGGCCUUCCUAGAGGUAGAGGCCAUGCAUGGAGGGGUCCUAAGAUUCACCCUCAUGGUUAAUUCAGAAUUACCCUGCACCAAAUCUUUACAGACUUCCCUAUAUAGAAGAAUGAUAAUAGGGCUUUUUUGCAUCGGGAGUACCAAAAAAUGGUUUCUAGAUGUUUAUCAUGUUCUUUGUUGCCCUGUCUGUUUUGGGGUGGUUAAGACAGAGUUCGAGAAAAUCUAACUGGUACUCUUGAAGGCUAUACAGUAUCAGUCUUUGAAUACGACUUCAUUGAUUCAUGGGGUUCCUGGCUGGCUCAUUCGUUAGAACAUGCAACUCUUGAUCUUGGAAUUGUGAGUUUGAGCCCCAUGUUGGAGGUAGAGUUUACAUUUAAAAAUAUAUAUAUAUAUUGAUUUAUUCAUCAAACAUUAAGUGCCUGUGUGCCCAGUACUGGGGAGCAAGGAGAUACAGGGGUGACUGAGUCAGAUUGGAAGCCUGCCCUCGUGAACUUGUGUGUAGUAAGGAGACAUGAAACAAAUUUUAGCUCUAAGAGCAAGAUCUGUUUUUGCCUAUUAGCAUGUUUUUGCCUAUUUUCAAAGUCAUAUUAAAGUGAUUGGGUUCAAAGUCAGAGAUUGGGAAAAUUGGGCUCAAAAUGGAAUUAGAUGCUGUGAUCCUAAAACUGCUCUAAAAUUCUUUAUUAUUCUUUUUAAUAAUAUCAGAAACCAACAAAAAAAUGUUCUAACGUUUGAUAGAAAUCUGGGAAGAGACGGGCAUAAACGCUGCCGGGGGACAGAGUUAGGGUAGAUGUGCAAGUAAACGGGAGAUGAUCCCCCAAUACGCACCAUUGACAGUCAGCUUUCUUGCAGAAUCCCCACUCCCCCUUUGAUCACGGCUGCCCUGGGAUGCUGACCAUCUGGACCAACAGAACUUAGCAGAGGAUCCUGGAGGAUUUGCUGUUGUAAAGCAGCUGAGUGCAGGGUGUGGCGGUAGGGAUCCAGAGCAGAAGAUGUAGGAGCGGGGGGACCUGAUGGUGGGCAGGACUGUUGACAAGAGGAUUCCAGGCUCUACUGAAUCUUGGACAGGCUAGCUCCAUUAAAAGGACGUUCUUCAACCCCUUAUUUAAAAUGUCACCACAUACAUUGUAAUCCUGAGGCAUACAGGUAGAAGUUCUGGGCCUGCCUACUAGUGACUUCGGAGGCUUACAAUUAGAGAACUCACAAGUUUAUCAGCUCCAUAUUGGUGAUUGGUAAUCGAGACCCUGGGGGCUGUAAAAGGCGAGAGGGAUCUAGCUGGUAAGCUUCAGGGCACAAUCUUAAGGAAUGAAAUCUAUGGAGAAAAUGAUUCAAGGAUGUAGGAGUUAGAGAAUGUUUCUUUUACCGAAAAAAGGCAGAUGACAGAAGCCGGGGGGGGGGUGCGUAGAACACAAAAUUAGAACUUCUGCAGAACCGUAUUUCUUUAAAUGUGUGCCGUAUGAAGGUUUUCAUUAGCCAACUUGGGAAAGGGGUGUGCUGGAUGUUUUUUCCCCUGGGAAAAUCGUUGUCAGUUGGGAAAAGAUCAUAUUUACCAGGGGCUUGCUUUACACACAACCUUGAGUGAAUGCGUCUGUGGCUUAAAGGAGGAGACCUCUCUCUCUCUCCUACCCCAGGCAGGCAGAUCAGCCCGUUGGUGUCCAGAUUCCUUCAGCCUGAGAUGACCUGAUGCUGUCCAGACUUUUUUUCUUCUCCCCAAAUGCCCCGCAGCUUUCUGAGUUUCUGCCUCCUGUCUGAGAUCUCUGUCUCUCUGAACGACUAUAUUCCUUUCUCUGUUCUCUCCAUCAUCCUUUUGAAAUAGUGAUGCCCUCAGAGCAGUUCAGCGUACCGAUCAUACUGCUUUCUUCACUGUGUACCUGCACUGAACAUUGAUUUGCUCAUUUUUAUUCAAAAUCUCGUCGUCCUGGCAAGUUGGGCUAAUGACCUUCGCUCUCGAGUAAGGUUUGUUUACCGGUUUUGUAGCCAUAUUUGGCAAAUCUUAGCAAAUAGAAACCCUUCUUCCCCCCCCCUUUGUUCUUGGAAUUGCUCAUGUAUUGCUUUUCUGACUUUUCUUUAAGCUUUGAGACUACUGCAUCUUUAAAAAACUAGGCAGAUUGGCAAAAUAGGCUUGCCAGUAGCUUAGUCACUCCCAUAGUGCUUUGGUUUUGAGAGUUGGGAAAACUCUGAGAACUUAAGAGAACCAAACUCAGGAAUCCCACUGUUGGCUGCACUGUGCCCUUGGUUUAGGUGCCGGACAUAGGACCUGUCUGCAGCUGAGUGAACUAGAUGCAUUUGGAUUUGAGUUUUUGUCACAUACUGAAAUGUUAAGUCAGCCCUAAAUAAUCGAAACACUUUAUUUUUCUUUUUUUAAUAGGAACUUUCUGAAGAAAAAAGUGAUGUGUAAAACAUUUGAUAUUUAAGACAAUAAAGUUUUUAUCAUAAGA